UCUGCUAUACCUCGGCCCAGCUGAGAGGAGCAAAUUGUGUGUGCAUUUGUGCAGCGUUAAAAUGAGCAGCUGUUUUAUUUUCUCGGAACUAACCUGGAUAUAAUUGCAAAGCGGGGUUUGCGUCUGUUAUAUUUUUUUAAUCAGCAGUUAUGAAGGAAAACGCGAAGACGCUGUCAGUUGUUAGCUAAGUGUGGUGCUAACUGCUAAGUGUUUCCCUUCACUGUGUUACUUGUGACUGAGGCGUUUGUGAAUGUGCCUUUCGGAUAUCCAUCUACGUGUGUUACAGCUUAUGACUGUUGGCGUAGUCUGGGAACAAAUGGCGCCAGUAAAUAAUUUCUUAUGUAGUUGUAAAUGUGGACACUCCCGGUAACUGUUGGCUACCUGUGUGUGCGCUAGCCACGUAAACUGCUCCUGAUUGGUGUUGACGUAGCAGAAGCAGCUAGCUGGCCUGUCCUGGGUAGCACAUUUUAUGUGAAUUUGGGACACCAAGUCAUUGACAGCCGGCCUGAUAAUUUCAAGACAUCUGGAAGCACCAUUUCCACCGAGGACGUGAGCAGCUGUGACUCAAAAUGCUAUAGCUGCACCUGGAAGUGUUAGUUUCCUGGUCCUGUUGCACUGAGCGGAUGAUGAAGCGGGUCAUCUGGCUGAUAUCAGGAUUAAACAGAAGAAUGAUGAAGCUACUUUUUGCCCUCGCUUUGAUCGCCUACAUUGCCUCUGUCUGGGGAACAUACACAAAUAUGAGAUCAAUACAAGAACACGGAGAGAUGAAGAUUGAGCAGAGAAUUGAUGAAGCUGUGGCUCCUCUCAGAGAGAAGAUUCGUGAUCUGGAGCAAAGUUUUUCUCAGAAGUACCCACCUGUGAAAUUUCUGUCAGAAAAGGAUCGGAAGAGAAUUUUGAUUACUGGUGGGGCUGGUUUUGUGGGUUCCCACCUGACUGAUAAACUGAUGAUGGAUGGACAUGAGGUGACAGUGGUGGACAACUUCUUCACGGGGAGGAAAAGGAAUGUGGAGCACUGGAUUGGGCACGAAAACUUUGAACUCAUCAAUCACGACGUGGUGGAGCCUCUCUAUAUUGAGGUGGACCAGAUCUAUCACCUGGCUUCUCCAGCCUCUCCACCCAACUACAUGUAUAAUCCCAUCAAAACCCUCAAGACCAACACCAUUGGCACUCUUAACAUGCUUGGCUUGGCCAAACGUGUGGGUGCCAGACUUCUCCUGGCUUCUACUUCUGAGGUUUAUGGAGACCCUGAGGUACACCCCCAAAAUGAAGAGUACUGGGGCCAUGUGAAUCCUAUUGGUCCUCGAGCAUGCUACGAUGAGGGAAAACGUGUAGCAGAGACCAUGUGUUAUGCCUACAUGAAGCAGGAAGGUGUCGAGGUGAGAGUGGCAAGAAUCUUCAACACGUUUGGCUCCCGAAUGCACAUGAAUGAUGGACGUGUUGUCAGCAACUUCAUCCUGCAAGCUCUACAGGGAGAACCCCUCACUGUAUAUGGUACUGGUUCCCAAACAAGAGCCUUUCAGUAUGUAAGCGAUCUAGUAAAUGGCCUGGUGUUGUUGAUGAACAGUAACAUCAGCAGUCCAGUCAAUCUGGGAAACCCAGAGGAACACACCAUAUUGGAGUUUGCUCGUCUCAUCAAAAGUCUUGUUGUGAGCCGGAGUCAGAUCCAGUUCCUUCCACAGGCUCAGGAUGACCCACAGAGGCGAAGACCUGACAUCCGAAAAGCCAAGAUGAUGCUAGGCUGGGAGCCGGUGGUGCCCCUGGAGGAAGGCUUGAACAAAACCAUCCAGUACUUCAGCAGAGAACUGGAGCACCAGGCCAACAACCAGUACAUCCCCAAACCUAAAGCCGCCCGCAUGAAGAAGGGACGACCCAGACACAACUGAGGUCGGGUCUCUCAUCAAAGACUC